GACCUUCCCUCUAGAUAAUCCGUCAUCAACUGACCCCAUAACGGCCGGUCUAAUGUGGAGCAUGUUUGCAGAUAAAAGCUCCUGUGUUCACAUCUCUGCCAUGCCUUAUAGAUACGCCUCCUUGAAACUAGAUCAACUUUAAGAGUGCGCGGCAAACACGGACGUAGAAAAAGCCAGACCUAAGCACACGGUGGUGGCUUAUUUUGGACUACAAGGCUUAAGUUCAUCCUGUCUGGAGUGCCGGUAGGCUCUGUCUCCAUGCAUAGGUUUGACGUGAACCCAUCCAAGAUGGAUGGAGAAAGCAAAAAAGUGAGCUUCAAUAAGAGAUGCUGCUAUCUGCUAGCAUUUCUUUUUAUUGGCGUCCCCGUGGUCACGGGAGUGUUAGUGUGGUACUUUUUGCCUAAGUGUGGAAUACGGGAUGGUGAAUCAGUUACGGACGAGUCGUCAGGCGGUAGGGAAUCCACGACAGAGGCAACCCCUAGCUCCAGUACUGGACCCAUACCUGGCAAACCAUGGACGUACCUUCGCCUGCCAACGUUCAUCCGACCGCUCCACUACGACCUAACUCUGUACCCUGACUUUUACGAAGACCAUGGCUGGUUCUACGGCAAUGAGACCAUAGAGAUUGAGAUCAGGCAAGACACUCGCUUCAUUCUCAUCCACUAUAACCAGAUGAAUAUGACGAGGACGGAGUUAUUCCGUCACGAUACCACGGAGAGUAUCCCAAUCAAAAGGACGUUUAGCUACUCGGAACACCAGUUCUGGGUUGUGGAGACCGAGUCAGUGAUUCCAGCCGGAAGCACGGUAGAUCUGGAAUUGCAGUUUGAUGGUUCUCUUACCAAUUCCAUCGUGGGCUUCUACAAGAGCACAUACGUCAACUCACAGACAAAUCAAACCAGACAUUUGGCUACGUCCAAGUUCGAGCCCGUGGAUGCUCGCAAAGCAUUCCCCUGUUUUGAUGAACCGAACAUUAAGGCAAAUUUUACCGUGACCCUGGUGCAUAGGCCUAACUACACGGCACUGUCAAACAUGCCAGACGAGACCACAACCGCGUGGAGUGAUGGUGAUCUGCUGGCCACACGGUUUAGACGGUCGGUACCCAUGAGCACCUACCUUGUCUGCUUCAUCGUCUGCGACUUUCUGCAACUGAAUAUGACAACGAACGAGGGAACAUUGGUGCGAGUUUGGGCGACUCCCGAUAAGAUAGAGCAGACUCGCUACGCUCUGGCCUUGGCCAACAAUACGAUGAGCUUGUAUGAGAGAAAAUUCAACUUGCCGUAUCCAUUACCAAAGCAAGAUAUGAUCGCGAUUCCUGACUUUGUCUCUGGCGCCAUGGAGCAUUGGGGACUCAUUACGUACAGAGAAACCUACAUGUUACUCGAUGAAAACGAGGCUUCCUCCAGCAAUAAGCAGAGAGUGGCAACCGUCGUCGCUCACGAGCUGGCUCAUCAGUGGUUUGGCAACAUCGUCACAAUGGACUGGUGGGAUGACCUCUGGCUGAAUGAAGGAUUCGCUAGCUUCAUGGAAUAUAUCGGUGUGGCUGACUACGAGAAAGACUGGCAUAUGAUGAAUCAGUUCAUUGUGGAUGACGUACAGCCGGUCAUGGUGACGGACUCGGCUGUCAACUCCCACCCAAUCGUUGUGAAGGUGAAUAACCCGGAUGAGAUCAACGAAGUGUUCGACAGUAUAUCCUACAGUAAGGGAGCGUCCAUUAUUGGUAUGCUGAAACAUUUCAUGGGCGAUGACAAAUUUUUCGAGGGUAUUCAGAUGUAUCUUCAAAGAUUCCAGUGGGGAAAUGCGAAAACAGAUGAUUUGUGGAACUCUUUGUCGAAUGUUACAGGUGCCCCGGAUGUGAAGAGGAUCAUGGAUACGUGGACCUUACAAAUGGGGUUACCAUACAUCAACAUAACAAUCGAGGUGACGAACGGGGAAACCAGAGUCGUGGGUGAACAAGAGAGAUUCCUGCAGGAUCCCAAUGCCGAUCCUACUCAAUCUGAGUAUAAGUCCCCCUUUAACUACACAUGGUUCGUUCCUUUAGAGUACAGAACACAGGACAACUCCACUGUGACCACGGUAUGGAUGAACAUGACUGAUGUUUCUUUCGCCAUUCCCCUCGAUUUAACGAAUCCGGCCAAUUGGGUGAAGUUUAACGUGGGGCAGACUGGCUUCUAUCGGAUUAAUUACCCAGUUUUCUUGUGGAGAAAGUUUGCCGACAUUUUGGACAACAACUUGCAGGUCAUACCCGACGUGGAUAGAGCUGGGUUGCUAAGUGACGCCUUUGACCUGGCACGUGCCGGUCUUCUGGGCUAUGACGCGGCUCUGAACCUCACAGGUUACCUCCAUAAAGAGGAGAGUUACCUGGCCUGGGACAGUGUGAGCUCUGGUUUGAGCUAUAUCAGCCAUAUGCUCGAGACUACAGAGCAUUUCGGACUAUGGACGUCUUAUGUCUUGUCCAAAUCCAAGCCUGUAAUGGAUCGUCUAGGGUGGGAAGACACGGGUCCUCAUCUAAAGAAACUGUUGCGGUCCACCAUCAUCUCUAUGACUUGCAGUCUCGGUGACACUGAAUGCAGACAGAAUGCUACAACGAAGUUCAUUAACUGGGUGCAAUCUGGAAGAAGGGUAAAAGGAAUGGUUAAGCCAUUUAAUCAAUGCUCUAGUCCUUCACAUAAUUACAUUUAUCAAAUUAUCCACGUGCUUUCGAACAGCGUUCCCCCAAAUCUUCGAUCUUACGUGUACCAAUAUGGCAUAGAAGCGUCGAGUAAUACAGAAGACUGGGACUUUAUGUGGAGAAGAUACAUGGCAGAAUCCGUUCCCCAAGAGAGGUCCAAACUGUUGACUGGUAUGGCACAGACGGAACAGAUCUGGCUGAUAUACAGAUUACUAAAAUUUGCUAUGGACGAGUCUAAGGUGCGAUCCCAAGAUUUCUUCUACGUGCUAUCCUACCUAUCCGGGAACAUGGUAGCCAAGCCUAUAUUGUGGCGAUGGUUUCAGGAACAUUGGGAGGCUCUGGUUAGCAGGUUUUCGCUACGAUCAAGGAGUUUGGGAAGAGCUGUUGGUAAUAUUGUCUCCACUUUCAACACGGAGUUUCAACUGGAUGAGGUGCUGACAUUUUUUAAGAAGUAUCCCGAUGCAGGCGCCGGAUCUCGAGGUAGAUUACAAGCUGUUGACAGAAUAAAAUCAAACAUACAGUGGAUGGAGAAGAAUAAAGAUGGGAUUGUACAGUGGUUGAAAAACCAGGGCCAAUAAAGGUUAGCAACAUGUAUAAGAACGCUUAUCCGUCCAGUACGUUGCACCAUAGUUAACAUAACUGAAAUUCUCAUCAAAUUCAAAUAAAACUCAAACAAAUUUUGCUA